AUGGAAGAACGCCGAGCGAUGUUGUUUGCCGUGAGUUCCAUCUGCGAAGAAGUAGCAACGCGGGACAGUGUCAGUGCGGAAUAUGCGUCCUCGAGCACCAGUAGGUCCUUGCGACCAACGCUAUCUCCGGACGCCUUGCAAGUGUUGACCGAGGUUGCGAUGAAACAGCUCGAGCUCGUGGCCCACGACCUCCAGCAUUUUGCCCACCACGCAAACCGCCGGACCAUCUCCCCCGAAGACGUCAUGCUCACCGCACGGCGGCAGGCGGGACUUGUCCAGAACUUGGUUGCGUAUCAACGCCAGCACUGCUUGACCAAUUCAACCGGCGGUGGAUCGACCAAGAGCAAACGCAAGCGCAAGGACUCCUUGGAUUAA